AUGACAGCUCGUGGAAAGCUUCGUACGCUCGCAGUGUCGACACCGAGGGGGGUCAGUCAUCUGAAUCCUGUUGACGUCAAGCGCCAUGCGGACGACCGGCAAGGGCCAGCGAGGUUGGCCGCUACACUGCUGCAGAGCCAUGCAAAGCGUUCGCCGGCGGUGAGACAUCUGGGCCCUUCGCCCUCCUGCCUGCCUGAGCCGCCUUUUUUCUUAGAAGAGAGAGAGCGUUCUGGAUUUCAGCUGCACGCCCACGCGCGUCUUGCCUGCAAGUCGGUUCCUGCCGCCCUGCCUCUCUCGGGCAACCUUGUGAAGACGCAGGGCCCUUCCACUUGCGCCUCUGCCUGCAUCUCUGCGCCAGUACCGCUGCGAGAGCAGCUCAAGCCCAUGCCGCCCAAAUAA